CCAAACUCCGCAUGCAAUAUCCGUUGCGCGACCGCUUCCCACCAACAGCUGCACAAAGAGCCACCCACACUUGUCUUGCAUCGUCUAUACCAUCCAGCGGCCUUCCGUCCUUGGUCAAGCCAUAAUAACGCAUGAACCCAAAGCGUAUCCGUGGAUUUGGUUGUGGGAGCAAGAGACCAUCCCUCUGUCUCUCCUCCUCCUCUCCUGAGCGGCGUGUUUAUGCCAACUUUAUUUGUCGUAGUGUGCCGAAGGAAAGAGUCUUGCAAGUGGAACGACGAGAUCGAGAAAAGUAUAAAAAGGGAGCUUCGUUUGCGGGAUGCCUUGGGUAUACGGCAUUUUCUUCAGACCGCUCGUCAAAGGGCUAGCCGAGGACAUAACCCGCACUCUUCCCGCCGUUUCCGUCAAAGGUCAUCCACCGUAAACCCUAUCCUAUAAUAUCACCUUUUCCAUAAUCCACCAAAAUGAAGAGCCAACGAUCCGCGCUUCUGUUGUCGGCCUUGUCCAUCGCCUCUGGAGUUCACGCUCACAUGCACAUGUCCAGCCCAUCCCCUCGUGGUGACCCCAAGGGCACCGUCGGCACGCCGGACUUUGACAUCAACAGCCCUUUGGGGCCCGGUAGACCAUUCCCUUGUCAAGGGAAGCCGGCAGGACCUAGUACCCUGUCGGUAAAGCCCGGAGACACGAUCCCCGUCAAGCUCGAAGGAGGUGCAUCGCACGGCGGUGGCCACUGCCAGUUCUCUCUCUCAUUCGAUGGGCAGAACUUUGCCGCCGUGAAAACGGUUAUCCGCGAGUGCAUGCGAAAUGGUCCCGAGACCAUCGACGUAACUCUUCCCAACAACCUUCCGUCUGGGAAAGCGGUCUUCUCCUGGAGCUGGGUGAACGCCAUCGGUAACAGGGAGCUGUACCAGAACUGCGCUGACAUCACCAUCAACGGUGGCACGGCGUCGUCGUUCACCGGCCCAAAGAUGCUGGUCGCCAACCAGCCCGGAUUCCCCCAGAUUCCGGAAAUGACCAACGGUGCUGAUGAUGGAAGGGCUCUGUACGGUCAGACCGGGUCCAUCACCAUCUCCCCAGGAGGUUCUUCUCCCGCUGACCCGCCUCCGCUCACUACCACCAAACCUUCGGGCGGAAAUCCCACAACCUCAACACCUGACAAACCCGCCACAACCCCCGUCGACAAGCCCACUACCACAAAGGAACCCUCAAAGGAGCCCACUACUCCUACUCGUGCCCCAACUCCCGCCCCAACCGACUCCACGGGCUGCUCCAAUGGCAGCAGCUUCAUGGAGUGCGACGGAAAGGACUACCUCGUUUGCUUCCCCGACAAACCCUCCGUCCGCAUGCCCUGUGCGCCUGGCACCGAGUGCCGUGCGUUCGGCAAGUUCAUUCAGUGCGACUGGCCGCAAGGAAAGAACUGAGAACUGAGAGUACAACGGCGUAUUGAGUACUGUAACUUACCUGACACUCUCCAACGAGUUUUGUUUUUAGCACUACAUUUCCCCGUCCUGUUUUGCAUAUACACUAGACACACCCCAAUCUGUACACUCCCGUGACAUGCCUUGAAGGCAUUGCCUUUGCACAUACCGUAGAAAUCUUUGUACAUUUCCGUUAAGGCGUAACUGUUUCUUAGAUUUGUAUUUCGUUACAUCAUACACAAGCCUAUCAUCUUAUGUACUUCAAU